AUAGAUUGCUCAAGCUUAUAUAUUGAAUAGCAAUGUAUUAUUAAAGACGAAGAUGAUUAUGAUGAUUAUGAUGAUGACGAGGAUGAGGAUGAGGAUGCUGAAUGAUAUCAUGAUGGGGAAGGUGGGAGGGUAAAUAUGCUGGGAGGUGGAGUGGGAGGUUGUGCAGGUUAAUAGAUAACAAUAGAUUAUAAGUGUUGGAUCAUUUUAUUUAUAUCGUGUUUGGAAUGUCAAGCCUAUGGUAUUUAUCCUUUUAUUUGUCAUCAUCUCUCAUCAUAAUCUUCAUCUUCUUUAUCAUGAUGAUGAUGAUGAUCAGUUUUUUUUAUACUAUUGAUAAACAAAAAUUAUUUUGACUCUUUCAAGAUCAGUUUUUACAAAGAGGAACUUUUUUAUUCCCAUUCAGAGUAAAGUUAAAACCUUACAAUUACCUUUGUCUAAUAUUAUAUUUACCUUUUAAUUGUUGAUGUUUUAGUUGAUUAGUUGAUGAUGAUUAUGAUUAUGAUAGUGACGAUGGUCGUGAUAUUUUGACUUUUCAUCAUAAUCAUCAUGUAAUUUGAAUGAUAAAUUUAUUGAUUUACAUAUAAAUAAGGUGAUUGGUUAAUGUGUUAUUCAAGAUUAUUUGGAAAUUGUUGUUAUUAUUUAUUCAAUAGUAAAUCGAGUCUAAAUGAACUAUUAAAUCAACAACAACAACAAUCAACGGAUGAAUUGAUUGAUGAAAGUUUGUUAUUAAAAGAAUCGACAAUCCAAAAGGAAAAUAUUAAAAGUGAUUUAAAGAAACAAUUAAUUGUUACUACAUCUGAAUCAUCAUCAUGUUCAUCCAAACCAUUAACAACCUCAUCAGUAGUAGUUAAUUGUUAUAGUAAAUUGAUAAAAAGUGAUAAUAUCAAAGAUAAAAGUAAAAGUAAAAGUGAAAGUGAAAGAUCUCGAAAAAUUUCAUCAACUUUAAGUAAUUUAAUCGGUGAUAUAUUUAGAUCAACAGGUAAUCAGAAUAAUAGUAAUAAGAUGAAUCAUCAUGAUGAAAAUUGUGUUUGUUCGUGUAAAUUAAAUGGAAGUUUAAUUAAAAGUAAUCAAAGUGAUUGUGGUUCUGAUUCAAGUUGGAUUAAAGUUGAAGAUAAAAAAUCAAAGGGUAAAAGAGUUACAAAGAUAAAGAUUAAUGAAGAUAAUACAAUAAUUUAUGGAGAUAAUUGUGGUUCUAAGAAUAGAAACAGAAAUGGAAAUGGAAAUGGAAAAAAUGAUGAAGAUGAAGAUGAAGAUGAAAUUGAUCAGUGUGAUUCUGUAUCACAAUUUGGUAACAAUCAAGAAGACGAACAAGAAGAGGAUGGAGACGAAGAAGGAGCAGAAAGAGAAAGAGAAAGAGAAUUAAAUUUCUCUAAAUGUUGUCCAUCAUCCGAUCAAAAGUUUGGAAUGGAUUCCUGUGAAUGGAGAAUCGUUGGUAAAGAGAUGGUUGAUUAUAUCGCUAAUUAUCUGGAUACAAUUGAUAAAUUGCGAGUGACUCCGAAUGUUGAGCCUGGUUAUUUGUCUCCACAAUUACCUACUGAUGCUCCAUUAAAAGGUGAAAAAUGGGAUAAAAUUAUGGAUGAUUUUAAUUCCUUAAUUAUGCCUGGAAUUACUCAUUGGCAACACCCGAGAUUUAAUGCUUAUUUUCCUGCAGGAAAUAGUUAUCCGUCAAUUCUUGCUGAUAUGUUGACUGAUGCGAUCUCAUGUAUUGGAUUCUCAUGGGCAGCUUCACCUUCAUGUACUGAACUUGAGACAAUCAUGUUGGAUUGGAUGGGAAAGGCCAUUGGGCUUCCAGAAAAGUUUCUUUGCUUUGCUGAAAAUAGUAAAGGUGGAGGAGUAAUUGAGGGAUCAGCAUCUGAAUGUAUUUUGGUGACUCUUUUAGCCGCUCGUUACGAAGCAGUUAAACAAGCAAAGAAACAAGAGCCUUAUGUUAAAGACACCGAUAUUCUUGGUAAACUGAUUGCUUAUUGCUCGAAAGAGGCUCAUUCGUCUGUCGAGAAAGCGGCGAUGAUUGGAUUUGUUAAACUACGAAUAUUGGACACUGAUGAUCAAUUUCGAAUGAGACCUGAUCUACUUGAACGAUCGAUUGUCGAAGACAAAAGUCAAGGUUUGAUUCCUUUUUGGGCUUGUAUCACAUUGGGAUCGACUUCUUGUUGUUCGGUUGAUCCAAUUGAUUCAGUUGGUGUAGUUUGUCAGAAAUACGGAAUCUGGUUACAUGUGGAUGCUGCUUAUGGAGGAAGCUCAUUGAUUUGUCCAGAAUUUCAAUAUCUACUAAAAGGAGUCGAGCUCGCUUCAUCUUUUAAUAUGAAUCCAAAUAAAUGGAUGUUGAUCAAUUUUGAUUGUUCAUUAUUAUGGGUAACUGAUAGAUUCAAAUUGACCCAAGCUUUGGUUGUUGAUCCUUUGUAUUUACAACACAGUUAUUCAGAUAAAGCAAUUGAUUAUCGACACUGGGGAAUACCUUUGAGUCGACGAUUUCGUUCAUUGAAGUUAUGGUUUGUUGUUCGUAAUUAUGGAAUUGAAGGAUUACAAAAGUAUAUUCGAAAUCAUGUUCGAUUGGCCAAGAAGUUUGAAAAUCUAAUGAGACAAGAUGAAAGAUUCGAGAUCAUGAAUCAAGUUAUUUUCGGUCUUGUUUGUUUCCGAUUAAAGGGAUCGGAUACAUUGAAUAAAAAGUUAUUAUCAUCGAUCAAUGCUUCGGGUGAGAUGCACAUGGUUCCUGCUAAUUUAGGAAAUAAAUACGUGAUACGAUUUUGUGUCUGCUCUCAACAUGCAACUGAAGAAGAUAUUAAUUCAUCUUAUGAGAUAAUUUCACAAUUUUCGUCAAAUUUAUUGAGAAUCAUUGAAUCAGAAUCAGAAGCAUCUCAUUCACACUCUCGUUCUCACUCACAUCGUCAUCGUCAACACUCAAUAUCUCAUGGAACCGGAGGAGGAGGAGGAGGAGGAGUAGAGAAACAAAAGUCUCUCUCGAAACAAGAAUCAACUUUAUCUUCAUUAUCGACAUCGAAUUCAAUUUCAUCAUUGAAACAAUUAGAUGAAAAUAGAAUCAACAAUUCCAACAACCACAAUGAUCAUACUAACAAUUUGUCUAAAUCAACUACAGUUGAGACAAUUAACAAAUCCUUAGGAUUAAUUGAAGACGACGAGAAUAAUAAUAAUAAUGACAGUGAAGAAAAGGAUCAUAGUAAAGAUGAAGACAAAAAUAAAGACAAAAAUAAAGAUAAAGAUGAAGCUGAGGAAGAAGAAGAUGAUGAUUAUGAUGACGAGGAUGAAGAAGAAGAAGAGACAAAGAAAGACACGGAAGAUGAAAUGAAUGACGAAGUUAUUGUCUUCGAUCGUAAGAUCAAUUCCAGUCUCAAAUAUCGACGGAGUUUCUUUGUUCGAAUGGUUUCUGACCCUAAACUUUAUAAUCCAAAGAUCGUCAAGGCUCUUUCGUCCUCUUCAGAUCAAAAUGAUGAUAAAGACACUGGAAUUUUAUCCCCAAUCUAAUCAACAAAUCACCAGGAAAUUCUAAUCAAUUGUUUUUCUCUUAAUUGUUACAAUGUUUCUCCAAUUUAACUUACAAUUUACGCAAACCGUUAUAAUUAUUACAUAUUUAUUCUUGUUGUUGAUUGUUAUUAACUGUUAAUCAGAUUAUCUAUUGAUUGUUACAUCUUAAUUGGUGAUUAAGAGUGAAUUUAUUUGAAAUUUAAAACCAGUACAAUUGUUAUGUUAUUUCAAAAUAAAAUGAAGUUUAAUUGCU